AUGACCGCUAUUGAGGUUGACCAUGAGGUUCGCGGCCGCAGGCGUGCCGGUGCUGGUGGGCCUUGCGGUCGGCAGGAGGCCAAACUGCUGCCCGACCCGCGCCGCCUCGCUGACGAAGAUGGAGACCAGGGCGCUGAGAGGGUCGGCCACCCCAUCGGCCCCACCAGCAAGCCCAGCGGGGUUCGAGUACUUUCGCCUGUUGACACCGGCGUCAUCAUGUUCGCUACCGCUUUCUUUGCCUCCGCUCGGCCCGGCGUCUUUGGUUGA